AAUCACCAAGCGGUCCCGAUUGCUCCGAUCUGGACACGUGUCCAGAGAGCAAUCGUGGGGUAGGUGUUUUUAUGAACCACGAGGCGACGGCGGAAACUAGAGCCAACCUCCUCCCUCCCCUUUUAAAAAAACUCCGCCUUCUCUGGAGCCCUCCGGAGGGCUUCCCGACGGUUCCUCUCGACGCCCCCGGUGUCCGUACGGACGGAGCGGCUUUAAAUACGCGAAUCCUUCCCCUGUUUGCUAGGGUUCUGGCCGGCAUUCUUCUCUGAGGGGGCGAGGAGCUUUUCUUGGAGCUCCUCCUCCUCCUCUCUCCCCCUCCCUCUCGGAGCAACGACGUGGCUGGAAUGGAUCACAUUAGAGCUCCCUUCAGGGGGAUCACCGAGGAUGUCAAAGGAAGGGCACUGUGCUAUAGGCAAGACUGGAUUAGUGGAUUUAAUUCAGGCAUCAAGAUAUUGGCUCCAACAAUGUAUAUCUUUUUUGCUUCUGCACUUCCAGUCAUUGCAUUUGGAGAGCAACUAAGUAGUGACACUGAUGGCAAACUCAGCACAGUGGAAACUUUGGCUUCAACUGCUAUCUGCGGCAUCAUACAUUCAAUAGUUGGUGGGCAGCCCCUGUUAAUUGUAGGUGUUGCAGAACCCACUGUGAUAAUGUACACAUACUUAUACAAAUUUGCCAAAGGACAGGAAGAUCUAGGCGAGCAUCUAUAUCUGGCUUGGGCAGCGUGGGUUUGCGUCUGGACUGCUUGUAUGCUAUUUCUUCUAGCAAUUUUUAAUGCUUCUGCUGUUAUUACUAGAUUUACAAGGGUUGCAGGAGAACUUUUUGGGAUGUUGAUCACGGUUCUCUUUAUUCAAGAAGCUAUUAAGGGAAUGGUAAAUGAAUUUAAUAUACCUGAAGGUGAAGAUGGAGCUCUACCGCUUUACCAGUUUCAGUGGCUUUAUACAAAUGGUCUGCUGGGGAUUAUAUUUGCCAUUGGCCUGCUGUACACUGCAUUGAAGAGCAGAAGGGCAAGGGGAUGGAGAUAUGGCACAGGGUGGUUUAGAAGUUUCAUUGCUGACUAUGGGGUUCCCUUGAUGGUCGUGGUCUGGACAGCAUUGUCAUUUGCAGUCCCAAGCAAAUUGCCUUCGGGAGUUCCAAGAAGGCUUUUUAGUCCUCUUCCUUGGGAAUCCAAUUCCUUGCACCACUGGACUGUUGCUAAGGAUAUGCUAUCGGUUCCUCCAGUCUACAUAUUUGCUGCCAUAAUACCUUCUCUCAUGGUUGCAGGCCUCUACUUUUUUGACCACAGUGUUGCUUCACAGAUGGCACAGCAGAAGGAGUUUAAUCUUAAAAACCCCUCUGCCUACCAUUAUGACAUUUUGGUCCUUGGAUUCAUGGUUUUGAUUUGUGGCUUGCUUGGAAUUCCCCCUUCAAAUGGUGUUCUUCCACAGUCACCUAUGCAUACCAAGAGUCUUGCUGUUCUCAAGAGGCAGUUAAUUCGCAAGAAGAUGGUUCAAAGUGCAAAAGAGAGCAUUAAGCUGCAAGCUAGCAACUUGGAGAUAUAUGGCAAAAUGCAAGAGGUUUUCAUAGAAAUGGACAAAGGACAUACUACAAUCUCAGUAGAAGAGCUGAAGGAUUUGAAGGAUGCAGUCAUGAGAGAUGAAACUGGUGAAGGAGAGUUGAAAGGUCGAUUUGAUCCAGACAAGCAUAUAGAUGCCCACUUGCCAGUCCGGGUCAACGAGCAAAGAUUGAGCAAUCUGUUGCAGUCCAUUUUGGUGGGUGCCUGUCUUGGAGCUAUGCCCAUCAUCAAGAAGAUACCUACAUCAGUUCUUUGGGGGUAUUUUGCUUACAUGGCCAUUGAUAGCCUUCCUGGGAACCAGUUCUGGGAAAGAAUACUACUUCUGUUCAUUACCCCUGGCCGGCGUUACAAGGUUCUGGAAGGUGUCCAUGCAUCUUUUGUGGAAUCGGUGCCCUUUAGACAAAUAGCUAUCUUCACAAUAUUCCAAUUUGUGUAUCUUCUUCUGUGUUUUGGGGUGACAUGGAUACCUAUAGCAGGAAUUCUAUUCCCAUUGCCAUUCUUCCUCCUGAUUAUCAUCAGACAGCAUAUCCUCCCCAAAUUCUUUCAUCCACUUCAUCUCUGGGAAUUGGACGCAGCCGAAUAUGAGGAAAUUGCUGGAGUUCCUCAUCAUUACAAUCGCAGCCUUUCAAUUAGGGAAUAUGAGACAUCCCAAUCGGGCAGUGAUGAUGGCGAUGAUGAAGUGUGCGAUGCUGAAAUAUUGGACGAGUUCACCACCAGUAGAGGGGAAUUUAAACUAAGAUUGAGCUUCAAAGAAGACAGAAACAUUCAGGUUCAUCCUGAGGAGAGCCUGCAGAGUGAAUGAAGGGGGGCUAAAAUGCUCCUCUUUUCACAUGAAUCAAAAUGAAUUCUUGGGGCUCCGAUCAUGUGUGCUGCUACUAACGUUUCUUGGGAGAAAUAUAUAUAUUUAUUUAAAUAAUGAGAUAGGAGGGUGUUGAGUCAUUUGUCACAACAACCAAUUUAGUGAUGAACAAUGGGUUGCUGCUCUGAAGAGGAAGGGGACAAGAAAGUAGAGGACAGAGUAGUGCAAUAUGCCACUCAUUCUUUUGAUUACUCUUCACAGGAAUUACAGGCUCCGAAAAGGAAUUUACAAAAUUUCCCAACCGAAUCUUGCACUCAGGUCCAAAGAAAAGAAAGAAAAUACUGAUACAAAAAAUAGAAUAUACCCGAAGGCAGUGCUUGUAGCUUUUGUUUCAUACCUCUAUCUAAGUAAAAGAGAUGGAUCAGAUUUUUCUUUUAUGUUUAAUGAAUUGAUAGCAGUUUGCAGCAUUGCGUCAA